UAGUAUGUAUAAACGUGAUACGGAAUGAAAUCGAAGUACGAUUGACAUGUAAUAAAGAACUGCUUUUACCGGCUGUCAACUUGAAAGCCAAUAAAAAGGCGCUGAAUCAAAUUUUAACAAUAUUUGUAACAAAGACAAAGAGCUCAUUAUUGUGUUUUCUAAAAAUAUUAAUAAUUACUUGAUUAUUUAAUAUAUAUUUGACAGAAUACGAAUCAAGCACCAUUCAAUAAUGCGGGCAUAUUUAUCGGUAAUAUUAUGUUGUUUCAUACUAGCCAUUCCAUCUUCGCACAUAGUUUCGGCGAAUAGUGGUUCAGUUGAAUUGAAUGAAUAUUCUUUUGAUAAAAUUGUGAGUAAGUUCGACGCUACGUUAGUUAAAUUCGAUGUGGCAUUUCCCUUUGGUGAUAAACAUGACGCCUUCGUGGCACUAGCCAAGGAAGCGAAGGAUGUUCAUGAGUUAUUGUUUGCCGAAGUUGGAGUAAAAGAUUACGGCGAGAGAGAGAACGAAGCGCUGGCGAAAAAAUACGGAGCCACCAAGGACAACUUCCCAGUGGUAAAGCUAUUUUUGAAAGGAAAGGGUGAACCGAUUGCUUUCGACGAUACAAAGGGUUUCACAAGCGAUCACUUGCGAAAUUUCGUGCGCGAUAACAGCGGAAUAUAUUUGAGCCUCCCCGGCUGUAUCAAAGACCUCGAUAUUCUAGCAAUUAAGUUCCAGAGCUCCGCUAAAGAAGACAGAGAGAAAAUUUUAAAACAAACUGAAGAUGCUGUGGAAAAACUAGACAGUAAGGAUGCAGCUACUGGAAAGAUUUACAAAACUAUAAUGCAGAAGGUUCUGGAAAAAGGUGAUGACUUCAUAACAGCUGAAAUAAAAAGAGUUAAUAAGUUACUGAGUGGUAAAGUGUCAGAUGAAAAGAAGAAAGAACUGGCUUCAAGAAUCAAUAUUCUUCAGUCAUUUACAUUUUCUUCUAGCAAUAAAAAAGAUGAACUAUAAAGUUAACUAUAAAAAGUAUAAUAGUUUAUUUAACUUUGUUUUAAAAUCUGAUGAGUAGUGAGAAAAUGAGUAUUCAAAAAAACAAAUACAAGGGUACAAUCUAGUGUACAGUGGCAAGCAAUUUUGUCAAUGACUUGCAGAGCAGUAGUCAAUUUUUUGCACUGUGUAAACACCUAAUAAUUUCUGCAAAAUUGUACACUAAAAACUUGCAGACAAUGACAACAACGUCUGCAAAUAUGCCAGUGGACACGAGGCUUUAGGCUCCGUAUCCACAAAAGCGGAAAUGUGUGAGCGGACCAAUUAGAUUAUUUGAUUGAUAAUGUUAUAAUAUUUUCACAUAAUUAUAGGUCAGCUUUAGUGGAUACGGGCCUUAUAUUAUUUUAAGAAAAAAAUAAAAAGUUGUUACAUCUUCAAGCUAUAUAUAUUUUGUCAAUUUUACUCUACUAAACAGUAAACACGGCUUGCAUUUAGUCACAUCCAUAAAUGUUUGUUUAAUUACCUAAAAUUGAAACCAAAGUACUUAAUUUAAUAAGGAAUGAUGUGAAAGCAAUUAGCUAACUUGCUAAAAUAAUUAUAGUUGAAUAAAUUAAACAUUUUUAACUUUUUGACAGUUCUUGUAUAGGAAAUUGUAAAAAUCUGCCAAAAUGUCUAAUUUAUUGAAUGUAAUAUACCAUAAUAUAUGGUACCAGUUUGUACCAAGGUGUUAUUAAUUAACUUCACAGUAGGGUGAUUUUUAUCACACUACUUUUUUUAUACAUUCAAUAUAUGUACCUUUUUAUACAAAUUGCAUUCCAUUUAAAGUGUUGUAUUUAUAGGCCCUUUUGAAAAAGUUACAUACAUCAAUGUGUUUAAGCAAUAAUUAUUAUCAGUAAGGGCAAUAUUUUUCAUGCACUAGUAUUAACUUUUAUCCUUUUUUCUGUUAUCUGGGUGUGGGUGUGUUAUCUGGACCUCAUUAUUUAGCGCUGAUUAUAUAACAAAAUAUUUUCUAUUUGUUUGAUUUAUAGAAUACGAGUGAAAUAAAUGUGUGAAAU